UCGCAUUCAUUUCAUUUCCUUUGCCUCUCGGGGCGCCAAAAACCUCCGCUUAAACCUCCGGUGCCCGCUCCUGAAAAUCUCAGAGCACCGCCGUCGGAAUCCCACCGGAGCUGACUGCCAAUCGAACUCUUUUUGGUUCAUCCUCAAUAUCGACGUUGUUGAAUUUCUACAUCCAACUGUAUAUAUACGUUUCUACUGGGUUGGAGAUGGCUUCUCUAUCUACUCCACGUCUUUAUCCAGAUAGAGGACGGAAGGGAGUAUCUUAUACAAAAGGAUAUACUGGAGGGAAACCUUUUCCCAAUUACCCGCAGCAUAAUUUGCUGUUGAACAUCCAGAUACCGUUUGUAGGUUCAUUUCCAGCACGAUUACUGCUGGUUGGAAAUACAUCGAACAAAUCACUGCGGAGAAAUCAGUUGGUUCCUUGCAUUAAGUGUGAGAAUAGGGAUGAAUCCUAUGAAGAUGUUUCGGUUGAGCGAGCACCUUACUAUAGUUACAUGGACUCAACUUCUGGGCAACUUGAACCAGCUUCAGGGGCACGUGCAAGUAUUCCAGGAGAAGAAUACUGGCCAGAAGGAACUGCUAGUCGUGUUAGAGCUGCAAAGGCUCCUGAACCAACUGGUACAUCCGUGGGAUCUCCCUCUUAUGGCCAAAAUCCUGGAAGUAGGAGAAAGAAGAAUAGAACACUAGCAGCUGUUGCUCAUGAUUCAUCCGAAGUAACUGAAGUAGAUUCAAGUGAGCCGGCGAUCCCUGACAUUUCUGAGGAUUUAAUAGAAGAGCCUAAAGAUGCUACUUCGCAGUACGUUGUCUAUCAGACAGAACCCGAUGAGGAAGAAACUGGGUUUGAAUUAGACAAAAAACUUGGAAAUCCUCACCCAUUCAUCGACCCUGAAAAGAAGAAGCCAAUAGAGGAGCCACGUACAAGUGAAGAACUUUGGUGGAAUUGGAGAAAGCCAGAAAAAGAACAAUGGUCGAGGUGGCAAAGGAGGAAACCUGAUGUUGAAACGGUUUUUCUCAAAGCAAUGGCAGAGACUGGGCAGAUAAAGCUCUAUGGUGAACAGCCAACAUUAACCGAAACUUCUCUGUACAGGGCUCGGCGACAUCUUUACAAGGAAGAAAGACUUCAAGCUGAACAAGAGAGAUUGGAAAGAAUAGGUCCCGUAGCAUACUACUCGGAGUGGGUCAAAGACUGGAAGAGGGACACCUCAAGGGAUGCCAUAAAAAAACAUUUUGAAGAGACUGGGGAAGAUGAAAACGCCCAAAUGAUUGAAAUGUUCCAAAAUCAAACAGAGAGAGAGUUCCGCAUUAUGAUGGGGACUGAUAUCCGCAUUCGCAGGGAUCCUUUGGCAAUGCGUAUGAAAGAAGAUCAGAUAAAGCAAAUAUGGGGUGGAGAUCCCGUGUACCCUACCAUCAACUACAUUCAAGAUCCUAAUGAAGUAAUUGAUUAUAGGGGUCCAGAUUUUCACGAACCAACACCUGACAUGCUAGAUUAUUUGAAGGAGCAUGGUAAAAUUAUAUCACGAGAGGAGCUUGAAGAAAUUCUGGCCAAAGAGAAAAAUGAAGAGCUUGAGGUGACAGAUAUGGAAGAUGCCAUGGCCCAAGCUAUUGAUAUUGGUGAAAAUGACGAUGGAGAGGAUAGUGAGGUUGAGGGCGAUGACGAGGCGGAGGAGAAAAUCACACGCAACUGGAGUGUCUUGAAAAGUAGUCCUCAUCUCAACAAGUCAAAGGGGAAGCCCAAAAAGGAAGAUCCAGCAUCACUGGAUGGAGCCAUUGAUGAGUCUGAGAACUUGACUGAUUUUCUUAUGGACUUCGAAGAAGAUGAGUAACAAUUCUUUCCCUUUUCAACUUCUCUUCUAUAUAUAAACUUUUUACUUCUAGAAUAAUCAAUUCACUAGAGAAACCUGUUGAAGUGGAAGUGAAUUUCUUGAUCUGUCUGUUCAAAGUUUUGAUUUCACACCAAUGUCUAGCCUCCUAAUAUUUCUUGAUAAAAUCAUUUAUGAGCUCAGCUAUUCAACUU